AUGAAUAGCUACCUCAAGUCGCCCGUGAUCCAUAUCAUGGUUGGACAGUCGCCACGCGAAACCAUACUCUCCGCACACCUUGCGCUCCUCCAGAAGUCACAGUGGUUUGCCGAAGCCUGCUCUAGUUACAGCAAUUCUACGCCUCACGACGAACGCAUCGUGAAGCUCCCCGACGAGGACCUAGGAGCUGUCGGUUCCUUCCUCGAAUACCUGUACGUUGGCGAGUACACACCCCGUUUGCUGCCAGGAGCCUCGGGCAAGGCAGAAGACCAGGUUCUCGAACACACCGACGACUCCCAAGUCGAUGAGGCCGGCGACAACCUUCUCAGACACGCCAAGGUGUACACCCUCGCCGAGAAGCUACAGCUUCCGGAACUCAAGCACCUCGCUCACUCGAAGAUCCACCGCAUAAACUCCACCGCCAAGGGCGAACUACGCUAUGCUAAGUUUGUCUACGAGAACACCAGCAAAGACGACGAGACGAUCCGCCAGCCCAUUGCCAGCUUCUGGGCCCACCGCAGUCACGUUCUCCGCCACGAGGCCGAAGCGGAAUUCAAGGCUAUGAUUCUUGAGUUCCCCCACUUCGCUUUCGACAUUCUGUCGAUUGUCCUUGACCAGAAGGAGAAGGGCCGGGAGAAGGAUAAGGACCACCAUUCCAAGAGCGCGAAGGCUACAGCCGGCGGUCCUGCGGACGACGGCGAUGGUCCAAUCACCGCCACCAAGACCCCCAGGACCAGCAGAAAGAGACUCAGGAUGAGCGUAGUGUAG